CACAAUGCUGGCUCUCUUUGCGGUGUGUACGUUGGUCAUCGCACAAGCAGCCGCCCAGACGCCGACGACGCAAUCAGCAGCGACUACAGCGGCCAGCAGCAGCAGACACAACGACGGGCAAAUCACAGGUCUCCGAUGAAGCGCUGGAAAGGCACUCAGCGACAAGCGGUACCCACGAUGCGGCAGCUCAAGUGUGCCCUCGGCGAGGUACCCUGCGAUCCGGUGGGGAAGCGGUUGAAAAGUUUGGCCCCAUUCGUGUUGCGAGGAGCAUGCCCCCAGUGCACCCCGACGGAGACAACCCAGAUCAAAAAGACCUUGGCCCAUCUGCAGCGAAAUUUUCCCGCCGAGUGGAACAAGCUGGUGCAAACCUAUGCGGGCUAGAGACGCUCUCGAUACCAAAACGGAAAUGCCAACAAUUGUACAAAAUAAAACAAAAAAAAAUGAGCUUCGCAAAUAAGUGGGGUGGAAGGCGCUAGUGGAAGUUUUCCCUCCUGGGGCUUUUGGAAACGGGGAUUAGCAUGGCGAAACAUCAAAAGGAGCAAAAAAUAAAACCGUCGGAAACGACACAGAACUUAUUACGACAGAGCACCAGCAGCAGCGGCGCGGCAGCUGAUAAAACAUUUUAAAUAGGGAAAUUUCAAGCGUGGAAAUUCACUAGCGAUAAGGAGUAAGGCAAAGUGAUAAUAAAUUAUUACGCUCGGCUGAGCGGAACCACUUGGAUAUGAA